GAUUACGACCACACUCGGCUGCCGCCUCUCCAUAACGCCACAUCCAGUCUAUUGCGGUUCCCGCCCAUUUCUUUCAGAGGGCUUGCUACAUUUUCUGGACGGUCUGAGGCCUGAGGACAUUCCCAACGUUUUUCACUGGCUGUUGCUGUAUUCUAAAUGCAAACAUGUCGAGAACUGACAGUGAUCACCUGCACCGCUCCACCUUGGGGAUUUACUCGAGUUUGACUGAUGAGUUCAACCCACAUCUACAGAAACUGGUUUUACUUGGAAAUAGCUACGCCCAAGCUUUCAAGGCUCUUGUUGUCACCAGUGGGGAUUACUUCAAUGCACUCUCAAAGAUUGGGGAGAAAGCUUUCUACACCAUGUCCUCACACUCCCUUGGAAAUGUCCUGAUUCAGAUUUCUGAGAGCCAGCAAAGACUCACCUUGGAGAUGGAAGACUUGUUUCGACAAUUCAGUCGGGAGGUCUUACAGCAGAUGGACAACAACGCUCAGCUGGACAGAGACUACAUACUGGGCAGUCGGGUGCAAUACGAAAAGGAGGUCCACAACCGGAUGAGGAGAGGAACCAACCAGGAUUACACUGAGUGUAUGCACUUCCUGAGGGAGAGCCACGGUGAGGCUCUGGGCGAAGAGGAGAGACGAUACCGCUUCCUGGCGGAGAGGCACUGCGGCCUGAUACAGUCCAUCGCCCAGAUCAUGAAUAAGACAGGCAGAAGCCUCCAGCAGAGGGUUGAUGCCUGGACAAAGGAGAUCAAUGCAACCCGACAAUCUGACACGAGAGAUGCGGCUUCGCUGGGUAACACUAUGGGGAUGAGGGAGGACGAGCUCAGAAGGAGCCUGGAGGAGCAGCCCCUUGGCAACAUCCCAUCCAGGGCUCCGUCUCCACAAGGCAGCAUUUCCCGCUUCUCAGCAGACUCUGCGGGAGGAGGAGGAAGGAGAGGAGGGGGAGGAGGAGGAGGUGGGGGAGGACAGAGAGCCUUGAGGGCCAGGGUGGCUCAUGAGCCCCCUGGGUCCAACCCCACUUUGCUGCCCUUCUCCAAGGGCCAGUUGAUCACCGCUCUGGUCCAACAGCCCCGGAACGGCUGGCUGUACGGACAGACUGACAACGGUUCACGCACCUCCACUCUACGAAGCAGCAGCAACAUGAACAACCAGCCUCCGCCCCCCCCACCACCGCCGUCAUCAUCGAGUAAACAGUCGGAGAACCGUCCAGCUGCGCAGGCUGCCGACAAGAGGACCAAGUCUCUCUCACAGAGCAAGAAUUCUCAAGCCCACGGAUCGCAACCAGAACUUUUCCCGAGGGGCACCAAUCCAUUUGCUACAGUUAAGCUGAAGCCCACCACCACCAAUGACAGAUCGGCGCCGCACCUCCAGCGGCGAUGA